AUGUCAUCACCUCACUCACCACCCGGGUCUCCGGCCAAUGAGUCCAUCGAAGCAUGUCCCGUUGAAGACCAAGACGAGCAGGCUGCUGGUGGUGGUGACGAUACGAUAACUAUAUCGGACGUGGCAGCGCAGGUUCAACCGCAGGCCCAACCGCAGGAUCAUCCGACAGAGGAGCGGAAAAACAAUCACUACAGCACGUCUUCUCCCAGUCCACCUCCAGCGGAUGUGCCUCCUUUCGACUGGGAUUAUUUCGAGUCAAGGUACGAGAAGGCAUUGCAAGAAGCCGACGAGGAAGAAAUGGAGAUUCUCAAUGAGGCUGAAGCUCUCGCCAAGAACCAACUGCUCGACUUCCAUCAGAGCCACUUUUCCGCCGAUGCUGUAGCCAGAUUUGGCUCUGAUUUUUUGAAUCUCACAGAAAGGAAAGAGGUAGAUGAAAAUAAUGACGAGGAGGGCUGGGAGGGCGAAGUCGAUGACGGCCUCGGCUACUAUGAGGACGGAGUGAAGCGCACCUUGACGGACGAACAAAUUGAGAUAUUCCGGCACUCCGAAUUAAGAGACCUCGACCGUCGACAGGAGCAGGCCAAAUCAUCAAAAUUGAUGGGCAAUAAAGGCAACGUGACUUCACAAAGUCAGGGGCCCUCAACGGAACAUGACGGCGUAGCCACCCACGCAACGCGCAGCAGCAAGAAAAGGAAGAAAAAGGCCAGGAAGGACAAGCAAGAGAAGCCUAAGCCUGACUUGAGGAAACGUACAUGGGACGUUGUGGAUGCUGGACUGGAUUCCUUGGAUUACGAUUGA